AUGUCUGUCAACUACUGUGAGAUAGCUCUAGCCAAGAAUCCAAGUGGUGCUGAGCCCAACUUUGUCGAUCCACCUUCCCUCCUUGCCACUGUACAAGCAGUCGGAAUCACCUUUGGCAUUGUGGCUCUACUUCUCAUCCUUUCGAGGCUGUAUAUUCGAGUCCAGAGCAAAAAUGCACUAGGAGUAGAUGAUGCUUUCAUCGUUGUCUCCUUCGCCCUUGCCGUCGCCUAUACAUCGAUUGCUGCCACAUUUGGACCUGUUACCAGACAUGCGUGGGAUCUGCCAGUCUGCUACCUUGACGCGGCAUACAUCAAGAAAAGCUUUGUGGCAUCACUUUUCUAUGGACCUAUGUUGUUCUUUGCCAAGGCAUCCAUCCUCCUACUCUACUACCGCGCCUUUAGUGCUGAACGUUGGAUGAAAUGGUGCAUCUACCUAUUUAUGGUGAUUAUGUUCGCAGCCUAUUGGAUGACAGUCCAAGCAGGCAUGAACAUUGCAGUCGAUGUUGCCAUCAUCAUCCUCCCCUUGCCAAUUAUUUACAAAUUGCACAUGCCUUUCGAGAAGAAGAUCGGCCUCGCCAUCGUCUUCGCAACUGGUCUAUUUGCCUUGGUUGCCAGCUUAUUGACGGUCAAUUAUCGAAUCCUCAUUGUUUACUCAACAGAUAGUUCCUGGGCUGGAGCGCAGACGUAUAUUUGCAUUCAAGCGGAAGUAUAUGUGACGCUUGCUGUUGCUUGUAUGCCGUCCCUCGCUAAAUUCUGGAACAUCAAAUUGGUUAAGUCGGCAUUCUACCGAAGCUUCCAAUCCCUCUUGUCCCGCGUAAGAGGGUCUGACACGACGGCCAAAUCCUCUUUCAAAAAUGUUGAUGAGAUGCCGUUUGGAAAUGAUUCCACUGCCGUUCUUCAAAGGGGGGUAGGUUAUGUUGAGAUACGUCCCUCUCGCAGUAGCGAUGGUCGGCAAGUUCCAAACGGGAUUUACAAGAUGACCACAUUCAAGACGGAGAGAACGGCAGAAAUCUAA